AUGCCAGAAAGUCGGAGAGAGCGCAGAAAGUCAGACAGGGAUGGAGAAAUACCAGAAAGUCAGAAAGAGACGGAGAGAGAGAGAGCAGAAAAUCAGACAGAGAUGGCGAGAGACCAGAAAGUAAGAGAUGGAGAGAGACCAGAAUGUCAGAGAUGGAGAGAUACCAGAAAGUCAGAGAUGGAGAGAUACCAGAAAGUCAGACAGAGACGGAGAGAGACCAGAAAGUCAGACAGAGACGGAGAGAUACCAAAAAGUCGGAGAGAGCGCAGAAAGUCAGACAGGGAUGGAGAAAUACCAGAAAGUCAGACAGAGACGGAGAGAGAGAGAGCAGAACGUCAGACAGAGAUGGCGAGAGACCAGAAAGUAAGAGAUGGAGAGAGACCAGAAAGUCAGACAGAGACGGAGAGAGACCAGAAAGUCAGACAGAGACGGAGAGAUACCAAAAAGUCGGAGAGAGCGCAGAAAGUCAGACAGGGAUGGAGAAAUACCAGAAAGUCAGACAGAGACGGAGAGAGAGAGAGCAGAAAGUCAGACAGAGAUGGCGAGAGACCAGAAAGUAAGAGAUGGAGAGAGACCAGAAAGUCAGAGAUGGAGAGAUACCAGAAAGUCAGAGAUGGAGAGAUACCAGAAAGUCAGAGAUGGAGAGAUACCAGAAAGUCAGACAGAGACGGAGAGAGAGCAGAAAGUCAGACAGGGAUGGAGAGAGAGCAGAAAGUCAGACAGAGAUGGAGAGAGAGCAGAAAGUCAGACAGAUGGAGAGAUUGCAGAGAGUCAGACAGAGACGGAGAGAGAGCAGAAAGUCAGACAGAGAUGGAGAGAGACCAGAAAGUCAGACAGAGAUGGAGAGACACCAGAAAGUCAGACAGAGAUGGAGAGAGACCAGAAAGUCAGACAGAGACGGAGAGAGAGCCGAAAGUCAGAGAUGGAGAGAGAGCAGAAAGUCAGACAGAUGGAGAGAGUGCAGAGAGUCAGACAGAGAUGGAGAGAGAGCAGAAAGUCAGACAGAGAUGGAGAGAGAGCAGAAAGUCAGACAGAGACGGAGAGAUGCCAGAAAGUCGGAGAGAGCGCAGAAAGUCAGACAGGGAUGGAGAAAUACCAGAAAGUCAGACAGAGACGGAGAGAGAGAGAGCAGAAAGUCAGACAGAGAUGGCGAGAGACCAGAAAGUAAGAGAUGGAGAGAGACCAGAAAGUCAGACAGAGACGGAGAGAGACCAGAAAGUCAGACAGAGACGGAGAGAUACCAAAAAGUCGGAGAGAGCGCAGAAAACAGAGACGGAGAGAGAGCAGAAAGUCAGACAGGGAUGGAGAGAGAGCAGAAAGUCAGACAGAGAUGGAGAGAGAGCAGAAAGUCAGACAGAUGGAGAGAUUGCAGAGAGUCAGACAGAGACGGAGAGAGAGCAGAAAGUCAGACAGAGAUGGAGAGAGAGCAGAAAGUCAGACAGAGAUGGAGAGACACCAGAAAGUCAGACAGAGAUGGAGAGAGACCAGAAAUUCAGACAGAGACGGAGAGAGAGCCGAAAGUCAGAGAUGGAGAGAGAGCAGAAAGUCAGACAGAUGGAGAGAGUGCAGAGAGUCAGACAGAGAUGGAGAGAGAGCAGAAAGUCAGACAGAGAUGGAGAGAGAGCAGAAAGUCAGACAGAGAUGGAGAGACACCAGAAAGUCAGACAGAGAUGGAGAGAGACCAGAAAGUCAGACAGAGACGGAGAGAGAGCCGAAAGUCAGAGAUGGAAGGAGAGCAGAAAGUCAGACAGAGAUGGAGAGAGAGCAGAAAGUCAGACAGAGACGGAGAGAGAGCAGAAAGUCAGACAGAGAUGGAGAGAGAGCAGAAAGUCAGACAGAGACGGAGAGAGAGCAAAAAGUCAGACAGAGACGGAGAGAGACCAGAAAUAUUUGUGA